AUGGAAUUAUUACAGAGCAAGCCUUAUCAGGAAUCCGUUCAAUCAAUUAUUGUAGAUGAAGCUCACUGUAUUUUAGAAUGGUAAGUUAGUAAAUGUAUAGUAAAAAAUGUUUUAUAGAAAUUAUACAACAUUAAUUUUUCAAUAACGCAUUGACGUCAACUUGUAAAAAUAUUAAUUAUUUGUCUUUAAUAUUGUUUUGCAGGGGACUUGACUUGAGGAAAGAUUAUUCAAAUUUGGCAAUGUUGUGUGCUACGUUCCCUACCGUCCCUGUUGUUGCCCUCACUGCUACAGCAAGCAAGGCAGAUGUUAUAUUAAUUAAGGAAUCUUUAAAUUUGAAAAAACCAGUGGAAAUCGCAGCUAAUCCUGCCAAGCCAAAUAUAUUUUAUGAAAAUAUCAUCAGAAAGGGCAAUGACCUUGAAUUUUUUCAGGAACUUCUACACAACCAACUGUUUUACUUAAAAAGUAAUUGGAUUACCCUUUGA